CGGCCUACGACGACGACGACGAGCGAAGAUCGGCCAGUUCUUCCAUCGACGUCUCCGCAUCUCACCAUCUCACACAUUCAACCAACAUCUCGUUCGACUUUGACAGACUCUUGCGGCCAACCUCACCGCCCGCCUGAUCAGUCGCACCCCCGCACCGCGUCCCCCGACCCAUGGUCACCUUCAAGGGCGACACGGCCCUCGAGGUCGGCACCGCCCUCGCGCGAGUCGACCUCAACGACCGCACGUCGUUCGGCGAGGCCGUCCAGGUCGUCAAGACGUACGUCCUGGCCAAGAUGAAGAAGGCCAAGAAUUCCAGUGUCGCACUGCCCGGUGGCAAGUAUGCCCUCAUAGGGUUCGCCGACGUUUUCUACCUCGUGCGGCUCGAGCUGCAGCUCCCGCCCUCGGCGCUGGCGAUGCCACGGCCGUCGUCGCCCGUGCGGCGGCAGCUCAUGGCGGCAAAGUACCCGUUGCCUCCAGCGUACCAAGUGUCGACAGGGGACGACGAUGACUCUGUGUCAGCGCGCGCUUCGGCGUCGACGACGAGCGUGCCCUCCCCUAGGCCAGACACAAAAGUGCGCCCCGACUCGGCGCUCCUCCCGACCAUGUCCGCCCUUAGCGCCCAUGCCCACAGCCCCCACCCGUACGCUGCCAGUGCGAGUGGGUACGAGGAGCACGACCGUGGUCGCGACUCGCGCGCAAAGUCGAUCCACAGCAGUGGCCGCAGUGUGUACAGCCAGGAAAGCAGCGAGAUUGGCGCCAGCAAUGGCGACCGCGCGUCCGGCGCGUACCCUUCCAGCCCUCUCCAGAAGCCCACGACACCGCGCUCACUGCCUAUCCCAACAGGGAGCAACCAUGCGGACGUCGACCGCGACUUUUUCGACCUCGACGCCGCCGAGAUGCACUCGCACCACUCGCGCAGCGGAUCCCUCCGCAGCAUCGGCAAGGGUGCACACGUGCAGCAGCAGCCACCGCCCGUGCCUCCGCCGCCUGGCCGACCGCCACCCGUGCCGCGCAGCCCCGUCGUGGCGCCACCAACUCCAGACCUGGUGAACAGUCCACGCGCACGGAGUAACACGCAGACGACGACCUCGUCGGUCAACUCGACCAUGCCGACGCCGCCCCUCGUGGCUCGCCGCCCAAGCGAGCUGUACCGCCGUCCAAGCGAACACUCAAACCUCCCGCACACGUCGUCGCCGCUCAUCCAUCCCGUCGACUACAGCCGCGAGGGCAGCCUGCACCGCCGGCCGAGCGCCGAGUCAACGCUGAGCAGCUCGCCGUAUAUGAUGGCCACGCGCGGGCGCAAGACCAGCGCCGACCAGCCGACCUCACCGCUCGCGCUCGUGUCGGAGGAGAAGCGAGCGCUGGGGCGGAGAGACGCCGACAUCCGCGCCCUGUUCGACGCGCUCCCGCCCGAGGCGCAAGAGCUCGCGGCCAAGCGGCUCGCAGAGCAGCAGCAACGCUUGGAAGAGGAGAAGCUCCAGGCCAAGAAGCAGCGCGAGGAGCAGCGUCGACUCGAGGCGCUACUCGCAGACCAGCAGCGGAGACGCGAGGAGGAGCAGAGGCGUGAGGCGCAGCGCAAGCGGGCCGUCCAACCGGGUGACCUGCUCAACGCUGGCCAGCACGAGCCAGGAGGCGAAACGCCGCCUACUGGGCGUAGCCUUGAACAGCACCCCGCGGCGUCAGGACCAGAGCCCACGCCGAUCUCGCCCACGCGCCCAACUGGAACCGAGGGACUGGGCGAUACGGACGUGCGGCGGAUGAUCGAGGCGCGUAUCAAGGCGCUCCAGACGGCGCUCGAGGGGCUGGAGGAACCGUCCGAGCUAGGUGCCGGCGGCGUCUCGUCGCCGACUGCGCCACCGAGUGCGUCGGGCUCCUCUCCGCCCAACCACUCGCCCUACCUUGGUGCCCGCGGACCGCCUGCCCCGUCCUCGCAGUACGGAUCGCGUGCAGAGCUGCAGCAGCAGUACCCGCACCCAGGCCAGGUGCCCCGCCCCUCUGUGGCCGUGCCCGUCCCCACGCAGAGACACCACCCCCGCGUCUCGCCACACAGAAGCUCGCCACACUCCCCCCACUCGCCACACUCGGUCUCCAGCCUCAUGUUCGAGCUCGACGACGGCUCGCCCACCGGCUCAAACAACUACAAGGGCUUCCGCACUCCGCCCCCAGAGUACAACUCUGUCGAGGCCAACCCAAGCGUCUACCGUGGCGGCCGCAUUUAG